AUGGAUGGUGGUUUUUCAAUUUCUACCUGCCAAAAUGGUUGGGUGAUCGGUGGCUGGAGGACUCAGCCCGUUGACGAUACACCCAAGGUGUCGUCAUUCGCUACAGUGUUAUUUCCUGAUGGCCAUCACGAGGUGCAUGCAAUGGAUCCCAAUGUGCAUGAAUCAGAUUCAUGGAUUUCCGCUGACACCAAUUUAACGUGGUAUGCGAAGUAUCAGCUCACAAUACCUACCAUUGACCUUACCCUCGAUGUCAAACUCCCACACAAGGCUGGCGAGAUGGCAUAUCUGGAAGAACCCGGCGCAGCAAUAACACUCUUCGAAGGUUACGCUACUGUCUCUGGAACACUCUGCAAAGAGAACGUUACUGGAUAUGGCCUAGUUGAGCAGAUAUAUUCUCUUACCGUCUAG